GCGCUGACAAGGCGCGUAUAAAAUCGACGAUAGCGAACUGGACAGCCGCCAGUCUUGCGAGAGCCGCGCGCGAGAGCGGACGUCGCUCGUUUUACGCCGAUGCGGUGCCACGUGAGGGAAAAGCCAGGAGGAAAACUCCGUUCGCGCGCAGCUACGAAGUGACAACAUUUUUCUUCCCGUUUCUUCCCUCCCGUUGUGGACUCACGUUAUCGUGUCGAGCGACAGGAAUGGUGUUGGAUUGCGCCGGAAGUGCGACAGAAUUAAAAUCAAGCGGGAUCGGCUCUCGGCGUACGUGGGAUGUGUCUAAUGUGAUCGUGGCAUUCCAUCGGAUUUAAUUCCAUCGACGCGGGAAAUCGAUGUGCACUGAUUUUCUCGUGGAUCUUCGACGCAGGACGAAACGAAAAAAGAAAAAAAAAAUUGAAAAAUCAAACGAACUGAAAUUAUAAAUUAAAAAUUUCGACGAGUGCCAAUCUAUUUGCUACUUUUACUUGAUGGACAAACAUUAAAAAUAAUAGAACAAACCGAUACUUUAUCUAUAAAACAACGCUAAAUUCAGGACUUUAAUAAUAAAAAAAGUUACCGUGGGAAAUAAUUAAACACUUACAAUUACGCCCGAGUGAAAUGUGACAAACAUUUUAAUUAACAGAAACAAGAGUAUGACGAAGCAAUAACAAAAUUGAAUGUUUCCAUCGAACGAACUGUAUGAAAUUCGUAUUCAUUGCACUGCUGAUUGCUUUUACUAGAGUAGUUAAUCGAAACUAUACUCGUAUCGCUUUACCGCUUUGCUCGAAUUGUCGCUUUUCUACAGAAUCGAUUACAAGCGUUUUCAAGCAGAGCUCUAAGAGCACAGAAGACGGAGAAGAAUUCUCAAUGGGUGGUAGAUUAUACGAGACGUAAUCUUAUCUCACGCGGGAUAUUUGUAGAUAUUCUUAAAAAACGUUUACGGCGAUUGACCCUGAAGAUACUUCCGCGGGGGUGUGAACGAGGCUAUUAUCAAAUUCCCGAAGAGAUCGAGCGCGCGUCUACAGUUACCGCGUAGAUAAAACUCACACCACUACGCUUCCAGACGAAACCAAUUCCUUACAAGUGUUCCGGGAGGAUCUUCACAAUCUCACCCGCGCGCGCACUUACUCCACUGAAAGUUUCCCGCCCGGCGGCAACUCUCCCGUGAAAAUGCGAAGACUAGAAUCGCGGAAAUCCUGUUUGUGAACAACUUGAAAGUAUCUAUCUCGUAAAAUAAAAAUUUAUUUCACCGUGAAAAUAUAAAUCGCAUCGGUACGAAAACAUUCUCUUUGGAACUCGCUCAAGUGGGGAAAAAAUUUCGUAAAUUGUGCAACAACUAUCUUCAGAAUCUCUGCAAUAACGUUCUCAAGAAAGUUAUCCGCGUCGAGUAAUAAGGGAAGCAUUAAAAGAAUUCAGAAGCACGUCAAAUUAUCAGUGAAGUCUUUAGGACUCUCAAGAUAUAACUAUUGAUUUUUCGAUUUCCCCGACGAACGUAUGACAGAUUUGUCCCAAAAAAAUCUGCGAUCGUAAGCUCCUCGAACUGGAGUAAGUCUCGUCAUAAGUCGCGCGCGAUGCAUCGGACACGAGGGAGUUUCGAGAAGACAAGUGAGAAGUCCUGGGAAUCUUAGGGCAACGGAGAAAAAGACGGAAGCCGAAGGAGAAUCACACGAAGGCGAAGGAGGAAGAAAGGAGGGAAUUGCGAAUAACAGGCAGAGGCGAGGGAACGCUCCAGGAAUGCCGUGGAUAAAGUGUUUGGGUGGUGGAGGCGGGAAGGCCAGGAGGGGCAAGCCACUCAGCGUCAGUCAACCGAUCCACCUGCUUGUCAAGAGCGACUUCGAACCCCAGUGUCACGUGUUCCGCACGAAGCAAUUGCGCAAACCUCGACCAUGUCAUUUAUGCCACCAGGCGGUGAUCAAGCAAGCUUCCUGCUGCAGAGUGUGCAAGUACAUCUGCCACAAGACAUGUGAGGACAAGGGCGCGCGGUUCCGAGAUACCUCGCAGCAAAUCCAUAAACAAUGGCAGGCCGAUCCAGCGAGGGCAUUUCCAACUGUCGGCGGCGUCACUACAAAUUCGCCUUCGCCGGCAUCGGGAGAGCUCUCCACGCCAAAUUCCACUCCCAGCCCUAGCCCUAGUCCGACUAAUCACCAAGUCACGCACAAUGGCGGCUACGAAUCACAACCGAAAAACGUUAACAACAUCGCGAGAAGUAAACAGCAAGUGCAGACAUCAGCAUUGGUGUCAACACCUGCGAGGACGCCGGGUGUCGGCGCGGAUUCAACGAUGACGGGACCGGGAAAGGGCGGAGGUCGCGUGACGGAGGUAAUGGAGCUCUGUUACGUCACCGAGAGGAUCAUCGCCCUUUGGUACAGAGAGGAUGCCCAGGGUGUCCUCGAACAUGCCACGACCCUUCUGCGCGGGAAGCAUGCCGAUAAUUACAUGAUCUUUAACUUGUCAUCGCCCGGCCGACCCGGCGAGCCAAAUACGAGGGAAGUCGGAUGGCCGCAGGGAUUAGCGCCAAGUUUGGAGAGACUGUGUGCUCUCUGCAAGGAGCUGGACUCCUGGCUAAACGGCGCUUCUAAUCGCGUCGUUGUCCUGCAUGCCAGGGGCGGCAAGGAGCGGCUGGGUGUGGCAGUGUCCGCUUAUAUGAACUACAGCAGCAUCUGCGGGGGACGCGAUCAAGCGUUGGACAGGUUCGCCAUGAGAAGGUUCCUCGACGACAAGAUCGGAUCGCUGCAGGUUCCGUCGCAUCGAAGGUACAUCGAGUACUUCAGCGGGCUGCUGUCAGGCUCUUUGAGAAUCAGCCAGUCGCCAUUGUACCUGACCCACCUGACAGUCCUCGGAGUGCCGCUCUUUGAGCCGACGGGCUGUCGAGCCUUUCUUAAAGUAUACGAAGGACUUACGCCGGUUUACACAUCGGAUCUGUACUCGGUGACGAACGCGCGCGAAUUUACAGUUAAUCUCGGCGGACUUCGACUGAGGGGCGACAUCUUGGUCAAGUGCUACCAUAGGGUAUACUCGAAGCAGACUCGAGAGGUCAUGUUUUCCCUCCAGUUCCACACGUGCGUAAUUACGGAGAACGUCGUCUCCUUCCCGCGAUCGGAGCUCGACGUCGCCUGCGACGAUCCUCGAUGCCCGCCCGACAGCGUGGUGACACUCUACUUCGCCACCGACGCGAAACGUCAGGACGGCCCAGUCCCGGCGCCGACACCCGCCGUGCCGCAUGCAUCGGCGCAUCACGAUCCCAUCCUGCAUUGGGACAGCUACACGAAUCUCGAGAUCAGCGACGAUGAAGGCCGUGAGACGCCACUGUCACCACCACCUCCUUCAAGCUCUUCGGUUCAGACUUCACCUCGUGGCUUGGGUUAUACCUGCGGCCCUAUAGAUGGAUCCUUGUACGCCGUGGUGCAUCAAAGCGCUGCAGGAGGUGCUCGCGGCUCGCCAUUGACGGUUUCUAUGGACAGUGGCAUAAGUAGUGCACCGCCACAGAGACCGAGCCCGCCAGAACCCGAGCCGGAAAGUCAAGCCCACGGAGACCUCGACAAGCUUCUCCAUGAUAUGAUGCUUACUGUCGAGUCUAUGCCAGAUCCUCCGACAGACGACUACAAUCGCGAUCGUAGUGAGAAGAUGUACAUUCAAGAAUCACGCAGCUACAGCAGUCACGGCAGCAGUCAUCCAACGUCUACGUAUUCGACUCUGAAGGAUUCCUACAGGAGUUACGGGGCCGGCAAGGAAUCGAGUCCGCCCUACAAUUCAAGCAGUAGCUACAGCACCCUGAAGAACGAGUACAGAGAUUCGUCGAAGAGCAUCGAGCAUCGCGAUUUCGAGUACCGUAUGUCUCCGGAUCGGAAGAUAACCGAAUCCUCCAACGACUCCUACAGGAAACACGCGGAUUCCUUCUCGCCGCCUGGCAACAUCGAUUUCAUCGACGAGGACAUCCCGUAUCACGCCAGGCAGACCAGCCAACCGUUCUCGUACGGCGCCACCACCGACAUGAUAAAGCAUCAGAAAUUGUCGUCGCCUUCGCUAGUGAGGAAGGCGUCUGCGCGAGGUGCGGCGCCCGUCGUGGAUUUCGAGGACAUUCUUGGCGAGAAUUCGAGAAGACCCAUGAGCCCACUCAGUCCCAAUACUCCGGAUCCGCCGCCAGAAUUCGCAAACGGGCCCAUGAAAAGUGGAUCUGAUCACAUCGAUGGUUUGUCGUGGCUGAGACAGCAGCAACUGAAACUCGCCGCCAGACGAGAUGAAAGGAGCCCCGGCAAGCUUUGGCGACAAGAGACCGGAAACCGUGUCAUCGGCGAGCUCAGGAGCUUGCAGAGGGGAAGAUUGAGAUACGACGGUUACGCGAGCGAUUCCGCGGUCCUCGAUGACGAUGACGAUGGCUGGGCACCGAGUUCCGUUGGGCAGCCGUCGUCGAGAGCUGUUCUGUACACCUCCGCACCAGCUAGUCCUCUACUUCCGCAGAGAUCGAGCAGUCGGAAGUAUAAUGGCAGUACCGGAAACGGCGUUCUCGGCAGACCGCGAGCGGAGAGUAUGAACGAACGGCCGUUCGUUUCUGUAAAGCGUGCUUACGAGUACCGCAAGUACAACGACAGUCAGAGCCCUCCGACAUCCCCCCGCUCAGCCUUAGUGGCCGCGCCACCCUUAGGGUUCGCGGCGAGCCAACAAUCGAGUUCCUGCAGCAACGCCGAAAGAUCGCAACAGCAUCAGCACCAACCGCCGCGGCCGGAGUCGCGCAGCGAUAGCUUCGCGCGCGCGGAUGCAUUGCUGCGCGAGCAUCGCCAUCAUCAAUUGCAAUCCGGUGUCAUCGGUGGCGUCAGCAACGAUCAUCCCGAGCGGAAGCAGACGAUCGCGAUUCAGGAAUACGCGACGUCUAGUCGAAACGCACGACCCGAGUCGAGGAGUCGCGUUGCUUAUCAGAGCGUCGGGAGUUACAGCUCGACCAGCAGCAACGACCAGGUGGACAGCGGAUUAUUAGCGGUGGUCGAUCAGCCUGACCCUCUCGUGAGCCUCAUUCAGUCUCUAGCCGAGAUCUCGCCGAUUCGCGCGUCCCCGAGCAUGACAAAAACCGAGAACGAGCAACCUGCAGUCGGCGGCAGCGCGAUAGCAGCCGCUACAAUAUCUGCCAGUGUGCCUAGCAACAAUGUCACUAACUGCUCCCCUAAUCAGUCACCAAAAGCAUGGCAGAAUUGCACCCAGCCGCACAAUGACUUGGCGUCAUCGUGGACCGAGAGGAGCGUCAGCCCCGGAAGCGCGGUCGUCAGCGGCGCCUCGCGACCGCAGACCCCGGCGUUUCCGGUUCAUCCACGGACGCCGUACGUCAAUAACGCAUCACCAACGGUGACGUUCGCCAGUGAUCGCACCUACGUGACGUCCAACAACAGCUACAAUGUCAGCAACAACAACAACAACGAGGCUGGCGGAAACAAUAACAAUAACGUCGGAAACUACGGCGCCGAACGAACGAUAUAUAUCGAAGAACGAAGGGAAGCCUCGAAGGAGACGGGGCUUCCACCCAAGAGUCCGACAACACAGCGACGCUUGAGUUUCCCGGCAAGCGGGCCGCUUAAACAAACGCAUAACAAACGAUGGCCGCUCACUAACCAAUCGGCGUCGUUCGACUAUAGUAAGGACCGACCUGUUUCUCCUGUAAGCGAAUCAACGAUGUCGCAGCCGCAGGCUAUUUCGCGCAGUCCUGGAACACCGACCCACGUAGAAUUCGCCCAAAGCCCCAAGAGUGCUACGUCAUACACGUCUAUCAACAGUGCUGGUCAAUCUUCGCCGCAAGUUCAAUAUUAUAGUUCGAGACGCUCCAGCGUUCACUCGAACACCGAGCCCCAGGAGGUAGCUGAUGUUAAUGUGAAAUUCGUACGCGAUACUAGCAGAAUCUGGUACAAACCCAAUAUAUCGCGGGAGCAAGCAAUCUCGAUGCUGAAGGACGCGACACCCGGCACGUUCGUGGUGCGAGACAGCAACUCGUUCCCGGGUGCCUUUGGUCUGGCAUUGAAAGUGGCUACGCCACCUCCUGGUGCGCCCAGUAGCCCACGAGAUCCCUCGAGCGAGCUCGUUAGGCACUUCUUGAUCGAGCCGACGUCGCGCGGCGUCAGGCUAAAAGGAUGCGCAAACGAACCUGUCUUCAGCUCACUCUCGGCACUGGUUUACCAGCACAGUUUGAUGGCCAUGGCGUUACCUUGCCAACUGCUGCUACCUGAACCGGAAGCGGCCGCCAGAGCGCUAGACUCACCUGGUACCAAUAGCACUCAGCAGCUUCUCGCUCAAGGAGCUGCUUGCAACGUUUUAUAUCUCUUUACAAUUGACACGGAGUCAUUGACCGGACCACAGGCUAUCAAGAAAGCUAUCACCAAUUUAUUCGAUCAAAAGCCUUUGCCGGUCGCCACAAUUGUUCACUUUAAAGUCUCCACGCAGGGCAUUACUUUGACUGACAAUGCAAGAAAGCUAUUUUUCCGGCGACAUUAUCCCACAAAUAACAUAAGUUAUUGCGGAUUGGACACUGAAGAACGCACGUGGGAAUUCACCAGCGAAGAUACUGGAAGACCACUUAGCGCACAUCGUUGCUUCGGCUUCGUGGCAAGAAAACCCGCUCACAAAUCGGACAAUCAGUGUCACGUCUUCGCCGAACUGGAACCAGAGCAACCCGCUACGGCUAUCGUAAAUUUCGUGAAUAAAGUCAUGAUGGGAAGCUCCAUCGCCAAGGCCAACAUCGUUUAAGAAUUGCUACCCGCUCGCCAAAAUCGCCAAGAACUAACGGGCACAAAUGUCAUCGCGAAUUCGUUAACGGUUUCGCCUUUAAGGUCGAUACCAACACAUAUCCUUAGCGCAAAAAAAUGCAAAGUCCAAUCGAGGACAAAACGACUGAGAAGUUGGGGAUAACGGGACGAAUAAUCGAUAUAAUCGAUUGAUGAAAUUCCGCUGACACGCGGAGGACAUACGUGGAUUCUUCUGAAAAAUCCGCUGGAAAUGGCUGCACGAAUUAAAUCAUUAUCAUUAACCGACUACUCGUAAUAAGUCUUCGUGCAUUUCGUAGCGUUGAAUCAAUAGGACAUUCAUGUUGCAAACAGUAGAGACGAUAUAAUUAUCGAUUAUCGCCGGGAAGAGGUCGAGGAUCGCUCUCUUUGGAAGAGAACGAGGAGAACGAGAGGCGAUACGUGAAUCGAUUCCAUCCUCGCGUCAAUAUGCAGUCAAGAUAAGAAAGUUGUUGUUAUGAUUAUCGUUACUGUUGCGAUUUAACGUAGCGAAUAGUAAAGAUACAAACGGAUGGUCUAAGAAGGGUAAGGUGGUCAAAUGACUGCGUUGGAAAAAUUUGGUACAUAUAAUUAAAAUAAUUUUAUUUUAUUUUAAAAAUUAUUAUAAAAAAUUAUAAAUAUUUUGCCUUCUUAUAUUUAUAAUGAAUAUAAUUAUAAUUUAGCGUAUACUAUUUACUAUAUAUUUAGUAACUAUUGAAGUACUUCAAAUUUUAAGACGCACUUCGGCGAAAUGUAUUUAAGUGAUGUGUUCUCGCUCUCUUCUCUCUCUUCACGUGUAUCUUAAUAUUUUUCGGGAAAUUUUUUUUUGCGAAAUUUUGAAGUUCACGAUCUCCACCACCUUUCCCCGCUUAUGGAUACGAUCGAUCAGCCGCACGCGAACUUACCGAUAGCUCGUAGUCAUAGUUGAAGAGAAUCAACCGUGCUCUUCGCGCGAUCUACGAAGGGCAUCGAGCAUUCGAAACGAGCGUAUCUCGCGCGACACUGAGUGCGCUUUUGAUUUCGGACAGCAUCUAUGCAUUGCGCACGUAAAAUAUACGCGUACAUUUACACACAUCAUUACACAUAUUAUGUACAUGAAAAUAUCACAUGAACGUUAACAAAAACCUGUGCUCGCGCUUUAAAUUAUUACCACGGUCCAGGCAUUAUUAAUUACAUGAUUUAAACCUUUAAAAAAUAAUUUAUAAUUUUCGUUUUAUUUAAAAAAUGUUUUAUUACAGAAUUAAUAGUAAAUAAAUUUAUAAAAAUUGCAUAAUUACAAAAUAAGGCGUGACGAGACAGUGUAUUCUUUCAGUGAACCCAUAGAUUCUUGCCAUAUCGGGCUCGCGUAUCGUUGAGAGCUUACACUCUCGGAAUUUAUCAUUACGUUUUAAUAUUUUAUUUAAGAACUUCAAUUUUUGGAGAAACAUCUAUAAUAAAAUUUAGAUAACGAUUAGAUCGUUAAAUAAUGCACGAGCAUCAUAAAUUCAUAUAUUAUCACGUUAUACUUGAGACUCUCGAGUAAUGUUUGACAGAGAAUGUUACGUCAUUUGCAGAGUAUAUAUUAUACAUAAAUCCCUACACACAUACACACGCACGUAUAAAAUCCCCGUGUCAUGCUCCCUCGAUGUAUGAAAGAAUGGUGUUAUAAAUAAUUGUAAAUAGGCCACGAGAUGAUAAUGUCGCCUUAAAAGAAGGCCUUGAGAAAAAAUCGUCGCUAGAUGAAUGACACUUAGCGACUUAUGGAAGAAGCAAUGCUAUGAUUAGAAUCAGCUCGAAAGUUGGGAUGAAUAAUGUUACUUGAGGAGGAGUAUGCACGUGACGAGACAGUAUCGCGCGUAUUCUUUCAGUAAAUCCAUAAAUUCUUGCCAUUUCGGGCUCGUGCACCGUCGAUGAGCACACACUCGACGACGAGUAUCGUCUCGGCGGGCACGACGAUGAGCAGUCAAUUAUUACGAAUCGAAUCGAUUGUAUUGUAAUUACGACAAUACGACGGCGCGAGGGGACCGGCCGCUCCGGUGUUUGCAACGGCUUGGCUUUCCUUUUGACGUCGUCGAAGUUUCUUCGUCUAUUUUCGCGGUCCCUUGUCUAACUUUUGUCUUCCGAACGAAGGUCGGUCGAAGCUUUCGGCGUCUCCUCCGUUCUCUGCGAAUUCCUCCACGAUCGAGAGCGGGAGGACCCGUAGUUACGCAAUGUGCUAGUCAAAAUUCGUACUGUAUAUUCGAUGGACAAGAAGUAGGUUAAACGGUGACCUUAGGAGCCCUUUAACGGGGUAUGCUUGGCCCUUCAAUGGCGUGAGGUACGUCACCUCAGAUUAGAUGUAAAAUGAGUGUAAUGUGCUCUAUCUUGUGAAUGAUGGGCUCGAAACGACAGAGACGAUUAUUUGGAUGCCGUUGAAAGGAUUAAGGGCCCGCUUGAGAGAACCGACCGUGUCUUCUUUCGCGUUCUUUCUUCUCUUCAUCGUCCGUCUACCCUUUCUUCUCCGUCUAGAUUUCCUUUCGUACGCGUCCGAACCCGACUAACAGCGUAACAUUAAUUUAACAUUCAGUCAUUAUAAUAAUUAUUAUUAAUAUUAUUAUUAUACUUGUUUACGCUCUAUUAUAUUCUGUGUACGUUUGCGCAAUAAUUGUACCGUUGCGUGCCGCAUGGGUACGCGCGUAUAGUUGUAACAACAAUAAAUCAUAUUCACAGCGU